CUUCUCCUCCAGUCUGUUCAGGAGGGAACUUUCGCUCUUUUCCCCUCUGGCUCUGCCCUCAUCACUUGGUUUGCAGUCUGAGCAAAGCUAAGCAGGGAGCUUCCAGAGCUCUUUGUUCAGUUUUGAAAAACUUCAGGGAUUCUUGAGGGAGCUAAUUUGGAAGAAGCGGAAGGGGGGAAAGGAAAAACAAAAGAAAACAAAGGAAGGAAGAAAAGAGAAUAAUGGUGAUCUGGUCUUGCCAAGAAAUCUUUUCAGUGCAAACUGUGAAGAAGGGAGAACCUGGCUCAUCACGGUGGGGUGAGGUAGAGGACUCAGCAGCUGUGGGCUUGAACUUUGGCUCCAUCUUCCACUGGAGUUUACAUAAAAAGAACAUCUUCUGCUGAGGCAGGGCUCAAUGAGCCAUUUGGCUAGCCUGGCAUUCAAACAGCUGAAUGGGACAAGAAUCCAACAACCUCUAGCCGGGUUUUUGGGUGGUUGUAUUAAAAUCGAGACAUUGCAGCACUUUUGGAAACUUAAUAACAUCACAGAGGAAAUUAACUUUAUGGUGCAUGUGUCUUUGACUGUUUCAGGUUGAAGAUUAUUUUCUUUUUACUGAAAACAGCUCUACAGCACUGGUGGAUUUAAUUGCUUUUUUUUUUUUAAAGGAGAGAGAGAGUUGUUUGUAUAAAACCUGCCAAAGGAUUUGAAAGAACAAACCCUAGGUUGGGAGGGUAGAUUGUGAUUUAUUUUGGAGGAGGAGGAAGAGAUCUCCUAUCAGUGGAAGAUGCUUGGAUAAUAAUCUUCCUUAGAAGUCUGAAUGCUUGGUUCAGCAUGGCUGUUUAUGCUCUCACAGGUUUCUCGCUAGUCAGCCUGCUUAGUUUUGGCUACUUGUCCUGGGAUUGGAUGAAACCCAGCUUGGUAACAGAUGUUUCCAUGGACCCAAUGGAGAAAUCCCUCCCUCCUGCCUUUUCCAAGCCACCUCACAUCAUCUUCAUUCUGACUGAUGACCAGGGGUACCAUGAUAUUGGGUACCAUGACUCAGACAUACAGACACCAAUGCUAGACAGGCUAGCAGCAGAAGGAGUUAAACUGGAGAAUUAUUAUAUCCAGCCCAUCUGCACCCCAUCAAGGAGCCAACUUAUAACGGGCAGGUACCAGAUCCACACGGGCCUUCAGCACUCCAUCAUCCGGCCCCGGCAGCCCAACUGCCUGCCCCUGGAUCAGGUCACGCUGCCCCAAAAGCUGCAGGAAGCCGGCUACUCGACGCAUAUGGUGGGAAAGUGGCACCUUGGCUUCUACAAAAAGGAAUGCCUGCCCACCCGCCGAGGCUUUGACACCUUUCUGGGCUCCCUGACAGGCAAUGUGGAUUACUACACCUACGACAACUGCGACGGACCCGGCGUCUGCGGCUAUGAUCUGCAUGAAGGGGAGAACGUAGCAUGGGACCAAAGUGGGAAGUACUCAACCUUCCUCUAUGCCCAGCGAGUGAGGAAGAUCCUGGCCACCCAUAACCCCAAGGAGCCCAUCUUUAUCUAUGUGGCGUUCCAAGCCGUGCACACGCCCCUGCAGUCCCCCAAAGAGUACAUCUACCGCUACCGCUCCAUGGGCAAUGUGGCUCGGCGCAAAUACGCCGCGAUGGUGUCGUGUAUGGAUGAGGCCGUGAGAAACAUCACCUGGGCACUCAAAAAGUACGGUUACUAUGACAACAGCGUGAUUGUGUUCUCCACAGACAAUGGCGGGCAGACAUUUUCUGGGGGAAGCAACUGGCCUCUGCGAGGCCGCAAAGGGACCUACUGGGAAGGCGGGGUCCGUGGCAUUGGCUUUGUCCACAGCCCCCUGAUCAAACGCAAGCGCAGGACCAGCUGGGCCCUGGUCCACAUCACAGACUGGUACCCUACGCUGGUGACCCUGGCUGGGGGCAACAUGUCUGAAGCUGAGGGCCUGGAUGGGUACAAUGUGUGGCCGGCCAUCAGUGAGGGCAAGGAGUCCCCGCGCACCGAAAUCCUACACAACAUUGACCCCCUCUACAACCACGCCAAGCACGGCUCCCUGAAGGGCGGCUUUGGCAUAUGGAACACAGCUGUGCAGGCCUCCAUACGGGUGAGGGAAUGGAAGCUGCUGACUGGUGACCCUGGCUACAGUGACUGGAUCCCGCCUCAGAUGCUGACCAACUUCCCAGGGAGUUGGUGGAACUUGGAGCGGUUGACAGACAGCGUGCGCAAAUCCGUCUGGCUCUUCAACAUCACGGCCGACCCCUACGAGCGCGAUGAUCUGUCGGACCAGCGCCCGGACGUGGUCAGGGCUCUCUUGAAGAGGCUGGCCCAUUACAACCGGACUGCAAUCCCAGUUAGGUACCCGGCCGAGAACCCCCGGGCCCACCCGGACUUCAAUGGUGGUGCCUGGGGGCCAUGGGCCAGCGAGGAGGAAGCGGAGGAUUGGGAGGGAGGUGGCGGGCUGCUGAGAAAUAAAAACGAGAAGAAGAAGUGCAAGAUCUGCAAGCUGCGCUCCUUUUUCCGGAAGCUGAACACCAGGCUGAUGUCAAACCGCAUCUGAUGGGGCUGCUGCAGAGCUCCAGAUGCAGCUGCUCAAGGUGGGUGUUCCAAAUGGCCAGGACAAUGGGAGGGAGAGAGGCAGAUGGCCACAGAGCCAGUAGCGCCCUCUCAUUUUUCCUUGUCCCAGUGGACAUAUGCACAGGGCCAGCCACGCACAACAGCCUCCAGAUGUCUUUUCCUCUGGUCUCCCCCAAAUUGAGCAACCUGUAGGGAUAGCCAUCCGGUCUGCAAGGAGCAGGUGUCCAGGUUAGGGUGGCUGAGGGAGAGUGACGGAGGUCCUGCAAUCCUGUUUAGUGGAUGUUACAUUGGUCGCAGGUUGUCGAACUGUCCAGCUCGUUCCAAUGCAAAAGAAUGACCCUGGUCUUAAGCGACCAGGGACCAGUUCAAAUACACCAUCCUGGGAGCAAAGCUUUAAAAGCAGAUCAAACCAAUGGUACUCGAAGCUGCAUGGGGAUGUUUUCAUGUGGUUCAUAUGAGGAUGGCUGGCCUGCUGAAGGCUGCUUCAGGACAGUUUUCCCUGGUUGUCUCUCUGUAAAAUGUGCUGUCACCCUAUGGAAUCCUAGUGAGUGUGCUAUAUCAUGUGCCCCUGCUCUGGGAAGACAGCCUAGGGUGACCAGACAGCAAGUGUGAAAAAUCAGGACAAGAGUGGGGAGUAAUAGGAGCCUAUAUAA